AUGGGUUUAGCAGGGCCGCGAAAGAAGACCAAGAUCUCCAAUGAUCCAAACAACACCAAUUGGACCCGCUCCACAUCAGGGUUCGGCCAUCGGAUCAUGAGUUCUCAGGGAUGGAAACCUGGCAGUCUUCUGGGAGCCCGAGAUGCUGCCCAUGCCGAUAUGCUGACCGCCGCCAGCGCUUCCCAUAUCAAAGUCACUCUCAAGGACGACACCCUUGGACUGGGCGCCCGCAUCGGCCGCGACCCUAUGGAACCCACUGGCCUUGAUGCUUUCAAGGGCCUACUCGGUCGACUAAACGGCAAGAGCGACGUGGAACUCAAGAAAGAGGAACGAAAGCGGGACGACGUCAGACUGGCUCGAUAUGCCGCCCUCAAGUUCCCAGAGGUCAGGUUCGUCAGUGGAGGACUAUUGGCGCAGGAGCAGAAGCCUGAGAUCGCUUCACCGACCCCGAAGGAGGAUGUCCCCACAAAAUCGAACAUAGACAAAGAGUCUAGCGAGAGUUCAUAUUCUAGCUCAAGCGAGUUAGAUGAUGCAACGCGCAAGUCCAAAAAGUUGAAAACCAAGUCGAAAUCAAAGAAAGACCGCUCGGGGGCCGAGGAAACGGAUUGCACAGAAUCGAGCUCGGAAUUGAAGGAAAAGAAGGAAAAGAGGGAGAAGAAGGAAAAGAAGGAAAAGAAAGAGAAGAAAGAAAAGAAGAAGUCCAAGAAAAGAAAGGCGGACGGUGAGCCGACUGAAUCUUCUGAUCAGGCUUUGGCACCAGAAGUCAAAGCGACACCAACAGUAUCAGGGGAGAGGCGGCCUAUUGGGCGGAAUGUCUUCCGGUCACGCUAUAUUGCCCAGAAGAAGAAGGCUUUGAUGGACGACAAGUCCCUCAACGAGAUCUUCAUGAUCAAAGCAUAG